AUGCCUUCCGCCACCCUCGACCAGUCCCUCUUUGACUCCAUUCCGGACUCCAUAGCUGCCUUCAGGAACGGCGAAUUCCUCUUGGUCCUAGACGACCCCGGGCGCGAAAAUGAAGCAGAUCUCAUCCUCCCCGCGGAAGACGCCACGACCGAGAAGCUCGCCUUCAUGAUCCGCUACUCCUCGGGCUACGUCUGCGCCCCCAUCCUCCCCUCCCGCACCGAGGCCCUCGAGCUGCCCCAGAUGGUCUCCCGCUCCCAGGACGUCCGCGGCACCGCCUACACCAUCACCGUCGACGCCAGCCACCCUUCCAUCACCACCGGCAUCUCCGCCUACGACCGCGCCCUCACCUGCCGCACCCUUGCCGACCCCAACGCCACCGUCGACUCCUUCCGCCGCCCCGGCCACGUCCUGCCCCUCAAGGCCAAGGAGGGCGGCGUCCGCGAGCGCCCCGGCCACACCGAGGCCGCCAUCGACUUCUGCAGGCUCGCUGGGAAGUACCCCGCCUCCGUCAUCUGCGAGGUCGUAGAUGAUGGCGCCGAGGUCGAAGGCCAGGCGAUACGGCUUGAGCCCGGUAUGCUGAGGGGCGAGAAGUGCAUCGAGUUCGCGAAAAGUGGAACAUCAAGCGCUCCGGCGUAA